UCACACAGACAUAGCCAUCGGUUAGGAUGGUCACCUUUGGGCCGGGCGUUGCUUACGCCACGUGUACAGCCGGCUAAGUCUGCUCUGGAGUCGAAGAUGAACUGGGGGUCCUUUUACGCCGUGGUCAGCGGCGUAAACAGGCACUCAACGGGCAUUGGUCGCAUUUGGCUCUCCGUCAUCUUCAUCUUCCGUAUCCUGGUCCUGGUGGUUGCGGCAGAGACCGUCUGGGGAGAUGAGAAAUCCGGCUUCAUCUGCAACACCCAACAGCCCGGCUGCAACAGCGUCUGCUACGAUCAGUUCUUUCCCAUCUCGCACAUCCGCCUAUGGGCGCUCCAGAUCAUCCUGGUCUCCACCCCGGCACUCCUUGUGGCCAUGCAUGUGGCCCAUCGCCGCCACAUUGAAAAGAAGAUCCUAAAGCGGGCGGGCCGUAACAGUCCCAAGGAGCUGGAGCACAUCAAGAACCAGAAGUUUCUCGUCACUGGAGCUCUUUGGUGGACCUACAUGACCAGCAUUGUCUUCCGAAUUCUCUUUGAGGUUGCUUUUCUCUACAUUUUCUACAUGAUCUACCCUGGCUUCAGGAUGGUGCGCUUGGUGAAGUGCGAUUCGUACCCGUGCCCCAACACAGUGGACUGUUUUGUUUCCAGGCCUACAGAGAAGACCAUCUUCACUAUCUUCAUGCUGGCCGUGUCUGGAGUGUGUGUACUGCUCAACCUGGCCGAGGUGGUUUACCUCAUAGGCAGGGCCUGCAAACGAUUCUUCCGCCGCUCUGAGGAAGAGUCCAAAGUGGACUGGAUGAGUCAAAAAUUGUCUUCCUAUACUGAGGACAAUCAGUUGAUAGCUGAUCAUUUUUUACAGAGAUAACUGAAGGGCGAGAGGUGUUUUCCUUUCUCACACACAGCCCUUGAUUAUCAUUUUAAACUACUAAAUAACCACAAAGCAGGUUGCUCAUUAUCCAUUCGACUGUAUUAUUUAUUGGCAGUGUUAAAUAGUGAACGUAUUUAUUAUAAGAUUUUUUUUUCUUUUUCAGUUUUUACUAAGUAGUAUUUAUGUCUUAUCUUGCAGAAAGGUCCAGGUUCAUGGACCCUAUCAGCCCUAGUCCAUGUUUGAAUUAAAACCAUCUCAUUCACAAUUUGAA